GGUCCCUCUCUAAAAACCAUAAAAGCAUUGAGAUUGGAGGAGGGUAAAAUAUGUAGCAACCUUGGCCCAUUCUAUUUUCAUACGCUUCUGACAACUGGUGGUUUUGUAAUAGUAACAGUCCAUACUUGAUCUAGAAGACCAAGAAUUACUAGCUUCCCAUCUUGCCCAAAUAGAUGUCUACUCUGCUAUAUAAAUACCUAGUGGAAACCUUAGCUACCAUGUUUCCACCACUAUAUUUACUGCUUUAUGGUGCCAAAUCAGGAUCAGUACACUACUUGCCAGAACAAAAUCAUUCAUGGCAGUGAAGGAAAGCAACACAAGCCAAAAUAUUCAGCUGCAGCAGCAGCAGCAGCAGCAGCAAGAAGCUUGUGAUCCUUGCAAGUCUUUUGGCCAAAAGUGCAGUCACUUAGUCAAGAAGCAGCGUGCCAAAUUCUACAUUCUUCGCCGCUGCAUCGCCAUGCUUUUGUGUUGGCAUGAGCGUGGUGAGACAUAAUAAUACCAAGGCCUGCCACAGUAUCAUCCAUCCCUUUCUCUAUCAUUGUAACAUAAAGAGGGUACUAUAUUACUACUAUGUCACACUGCAAAUUGUUACUUUUUCCAAUAGGAUUAUUAUUGCAUUCUGUGUAAUUACGUCCAGCUAACAUGUGAAAGAGAUUAGAUCUGUUUCAACUUUCUCAACUACUACUACUGAGUAGAUCUUCUUUUUCACGUGUCAAGACGCUCUCAAACUUGCACAUAUGUUACAAUGUUGGAGGUUUAGUUAGCUCAUUGGGAGCUUGAGUCGCUAUUCAUCCCCAUCUUUCUCCUUGAGAGUAAUUUGUUUUAUCUUUUUCAGUUUCAAAUGAGGAAAAAAGGGCUUUCACUGGUUGUCGUAAUGAUCCAGGGCAUCGGAUUCAACUGUUGAUUUCUUUGUUUGCAUAAAACCAUGUCUUUAUAUUUCAUCUGCCCAGAUUUUAUAAACAAACUUUACCAUAUAUAAUCAAAGAUCUCGUAUGGUAGGUGAGUGCCAAACCAGUGUAAUCAAUCACUGUUCCUAACUUUUGCUUCUUUGAUGCAUAGCUCUCACGGAAGAUACUAAUUGGAAACUAACUUGGCAUGAUGUUUGUCUCAACUUCAAUUUGCGGUGAAACCAUUGCACGUGUAUGCAGAAAUAUAUUAGUUGUCUUUAUUUAAUAGGAAGAAAUUGAGCUAUCCAAAUUUAGUUUGCUUCACCUGGCCCUGCUUACAAACGAUGUGAAAAGAAGAACACAAGUUAAAAACCGUUUGAUUAUUGUGUGGUUACUGAAGAUGAGUUUAGAACAGUAGAGCAUGUAUGUAUGAGUUGUUUAUGCAUCAAUUAUCAUGCAACCCACACCUUCAAAAUCCAAUAUGCAUGAUAAGUCAAUUUUCAGACAAUGGUCCUCGUGCUAAGGAAACAUCAGACAAGAUCAAGCCUCAAUUUAAUUUUAUUUUUCCUCGGUUCCAUCGCCAUUCCCUUUUUUUAACUUUCCACUUUUUCUAUAAUAUUCUGUG